GUCUGAUCAGAAAGGAGGUAAGAGAGACUGAAUCUCGGAGACGGCGUUUUUUCGCCGUCGUGUUCACCAUGUUCAACAGGGACGAUUACAGUCGAACUAAACCCGACGCCGUCUUCUCCAAGUGGCAGGGUUUUACCCGAUCCAUGCUUCUGCGUAAGCCCAUUUCAGAUGCUCCAGAAAUACGGAGGACUUUACCGGAUUACACCUCCAUUUCUCGGGAUUUAGCUCCAAAGAUUCUGAUAGGAGCCAACGAUAAGGAAGAAUUCAGAAAGGGAAAAGAUUUGUUAGGUAGAUACAGAGUCCAAGGAUCCUUCCCAGGUCUCGGUGUGGCUGUCACCAAUCAUGAUCAGAGCCUAAAAGUUGACGUAGAUGACGUUUUUGUAGCUUCUCUUGGUCAAAACGAAAGCAUUAGAUCUCGGCUCCGGUCUUAUGGUAUUGCUCGUCAUGACUUGCUCCAGAAACUCGGCAACAACGAGAUUGUGAACCAGAGAAAACCGGGUUUACCUCAAACGAUUCUUCCUGUUACUCAGAAGAUAAUUGGCAACAGAACCAAAGAUAAGAAAGAUGAUCUUGCAGAAGAGAGAGCGAUCAGCUCUGAUGCAGCUGGGGAGAAGAGUGAUUUUCUUGCACCAAUAGUUAGACUCAGUCGGUCCAGACCUCAACCGGUUUCAGACAGACAUGAUGACAUUGUUGAUGAUUCUGAUUCUGCUUCUAUUUGUGGAGUCUUACUAGAAGAUGGUACUACCUGCACAACAUCUCCAAUGCAAGGAAGAAAGAGAUGCACAGUGCAUAGAGGGCAGAGAAUUUCAUGUGUUCUCCCGGGGAAAAAAAUACCUUGUGAAGUUUCUCCUGAAAGAGAAUGUGAAGAAACUGAGAAUAUAUGUGGAGUGAUUUUACCUGACAUGGUACGUUGCAGAAACCAACCUGUUGCAAGGAGAAAACGAUGUGAGGAUCACAAGGGAAUGAGAGUCAAUGCCUUCUUCUUUCUGCUGAAUCCAACCGAACGCGAUAUAGCUCUCAAGGAGGAAAAAUCCAAACCCGAGACGUGUACAGGCAUGAACAAAAAGGAUUCGGGUGGUCCAAGUCUUAUCUGUGAAGCUACAACAAAGAGUGGUUUGCCUUGUAUAAGAAGUGCUCCUAUGGGAAGCAGAAGAUGUUGGCAGCACAAAGAUAAAACUUUGGACAGAAGAUCAUCCGAAACUGUGCAGUCAGCAACCGUAAGUCAAGUAAUUUGUGGCGUUAAGCUGUACAAUGGAUUGGUAUGCGAGAAAUCUCCAGUUAAAGGACGGAAGAGAUGUGAGGAACACAAGGGAAUGAGAGUCGCAUCUUGAAUAAGAAAGCAUAAGAGUAAUGUUAGUACCUAACAGAAAUGUUAUGUACCGAGCCAGACUAGAAUUAGUAAAAUCUGUUGUCUUACCGUAUCAUAUUUUCUAACUAUAAAUAGCUUAGGUUGUAUGAGUUACAUAACUAAGUAGGUACAAGUUAAAUGGAACCGGCUUCAUUGUUCUUCAUCAAUGUCUCUGUUAUAUACUUUGUUC